CGCGUAGACACGCAUGCGUUCUCUGAGCGGCGACACCAUUUUAGAGGAAGAAAGAAAAACAGGGACAGUAAUUGACCAUCAGUAAUACAUCGAUAGUUUCAUUAAUAAGGGCCCAUGUGACAGACCCGGACAGACAGAAGGUCUCCGCGGGUCCACAGAAGAACCGGGUUCUGAUACUGCGGUACCGGCGCGGGUCUGACAUCAACUCGGCGUCUGUUGUUGUUGUUACUCGUUUGUGUGGGUGUUUAGGUGAAGCUGAAGCAGCGCGGUUCCGUCCAGAGUCCAGAUGGAUGGAGAUGAGGAGAUCCGCUCAGAUGACGGCAGCGCUACUCCAGUUCAGGACGAGCAGGAGGAUGCGAGGCCCGGAUCACGGCAGUCUGACGACGAGGGCAGUGAUAACGAGGACGCCGCACACGACAGGAAGUCCGAGAACGCAGACAGCGGGUCGGAUCACGAGGCCCGUGGAGGAGCAGCAGAUGGGAGCGACUCAGAACCCGAGCCGCCCCGUCCUGCAGACAGCGACGAGGAUGAGGAGGGCAGCUCCCCUGUGAAGAGAAGAGCGAGCACCUCUGAGAACGAGGAGGAGGAGGAGAAAGCGCAUCCCGCCAGCGACUCCGACCAGGAGGAGACGGAGAAGAGAAGCAGCCCCAAAUCAGACGCGGGCAGCGAUUCAGACGAGGACAAACCCAAACAGAAAACUCAGAGAAACUCUGAUGCUGAAGAGGAGGAGGAGGAGGAGGGAGGGAGGAAGGAGACAGGAAAGUGGAAAGCUGUGAUGAACUCAGACAGUGAGGAAGAGGAGGAGAGGCCGAAGAAGGAAGCAGGAAGUGAUGAAGAUGAAGGGCCCAAACGACGAGCUCUGGCCAGUGAUGAUGAUGAUGAGGAAGAUGAGAAGCCUGUGAAGAGGAAGAAGGCGGUUCUGUCAGACAGUGAGGAAGAUGAAGAGAAAGAGGUGAAGAAGAGCCGGCUGGUGUCUGAUGAUGAAGACUCUGGCAGUGAUGAACCCUCUGGAGGUCCUGACAAGAGUUUAGCAGCUAAACUUAAGGAGCUGGGCUCAGACAGCGAGGAUGAGGAGGACGCGAUGAAGGCGGAUACAGGGAAGAAGGACGAGAAGGCUCUGUUCGGCAGCGACAGCGACUCCGGCGAUGACGAGGAAGAGAAAAUGAUCGCAGACAUUUUCGGAGAGUCCGGCGAUGAAGAGGAGGAGGAGUUUACGGGCUUCAAUCAGGAGGAGCUGGAGGGCGAGCGGCCGCAGUCUCAUGUGUCGGGACAGAAGGGAAUGGACGACUCGGAUUCAGAUGAUGAUGUGGACAGAAGCGGAAAAGACAUGUCCUACAUGUCAGACUUUGACAUCAUGCUGGCCCGCAAGAAAGCUCAAAGCGGCAAACGCAGGCGGAAUCGAGACGGAGGGACGUUCAUCAGUGACGCAGAUGAUGUCGUGAGCGCCAUGAUCACCAAAAUGACAGAAGCUGCAGAGGAGGACCGGACUCUAAACAGUCAAAAGAAACCAGCUUUGAAAAAGCUCAUGCUGCUCCCCACAGUGGUGAUGCAUUUAAAGAAGCAGGACCUGAAGGAGACGUUUAUAGACAGCGGCGUGAUGUCGGCCAUCAAGGAAUGGAUCAGUCCUCUCCCGGAUAAGAGUCUCCCAGCACUCAAGAUACGAGAGGAACUCCUCAAGAUCCUGCAGGAAUUGCCCAGUGUGAGUCAGGAAACACUGAAGCUCAGUGGAAUCGGCCGAGCCGUCAUGUACCUCUACAAACACCCUAAAGAGUCCCGGCCGAACAAAGACCUCGCGCUCAAACUCAUCAAUGAGUGGUCGCGGCCCAUCUUCGGCUUAACGUCCAACUACAAGGGAAUGACGAGAGAAGAGCGACAGCAGAGAGACCUGGACCAGCAGAUCGCCCCGCGCCGGCGCCUCAGUUCCGGAGGACAGACUCCUCGCAGAGAUCUGGAGAAAGUGCUGACGGGAGAGGAGAAGGCGUUACGGCCGGGUGACCCAGGAUUCUGUGCGAGGGCACGUGUGCCCAUGCCGUCCAAUAAGGACUACGUGGUUCGGCCCAAAUGGAACGUGGAUGGGGACUCAAACCGGGGUCCGAUGAAGAAGGGCAUGUCACGAGUAGAUAAACAGAUGCGGCGCUUCGCAGAUAUCAAACGGCUAACGAAGACGGGACACGCAGUGAAGAUCAGCGUGGAGGGGAACCGCAUGCCCCUCUGACCCUCCACACGCUCCUCAAGCUUUUCUGUUUCUGUUUUUUUCCUGUAAAAUGUUGCCAGUGUUGGCCGUUUGGUUCUACAGUAGCUCUGCAGAAUCAGAUCUCCACGAAGCCGCGUAUCUGUACUGUAGCUAUGCGUGAGUCUGCGUAGCUGCGCGUUUGCAGUGUAUUCAGAGCCCAGAGAACUGAACUGGGAACAUGAUGGCGUUUGGUUCUGAUGUAUCUUUCAUAAUAAAGAGUUUCCAUGUUCUAAGUUUUA